CAAGGCCACGUUAGCCGGCCCGAGAGAGCGCCGACGUACAUCGUGGGCUUGAGCGUCAAGAAGAUGAGUGACGUCCAUCCUCCCCCGUAUGCCCCGCCUCCGCCGGCCCAAGGCUUCGUAGGCUUGGGGGGCGCCACGCCUUACCAGGCGGGACCCUCCUCCUACUAUCAGGACCCGCAGCGGUACGUGACCCCCCCGGGUCACGGCGCGCCCUUCUACGCCGCGCCCCAGGGCUGGGAUGCCCACAAGGCCUACGGGGGGCCGCCCAAACAGACGGUGUACGUGGUGGACCAGAGCGAGGGCGCGGGCCACAUCGGCGGCGGCGGCGGAGCUUUGAGAUCGUUGUUGUCAGCGUGCUCCACCCUUCUAUGUUGCUGUUGCCUGUGUGACCUGCUGACACGUCACCUUUGACCUUUCAGCUUUGUCAGUUUCGUCGCCACGGUGACGACGACACUGUCACAUGUUUGCUUUUCGGCUCUCCUUUGACCCCGCAAAGUAAUAAAAUCUUUGACAAGUCCUGAAUGUGUAACAUAUCACAUAGUUAUGUGUAACAUAUCACAUAUUUAUGUAAAACGCGACCUUUUUUUUUUUUUUGGUGCGGGAGUCAUACGCUUCCAUACUCUCGCGACUGUUGCAGUGACAUAAAAACAACCACAGGGGGGCGCCAACGCACCAGUCAUCACUUGGGACCCUGAAGUGGCAUAUUAACUGUAUUGCAUACAUCAAAUCUUAAAUGAUACUCGAGCUCACAGGGUCACGUGACCUUACGUUUGACGACGGCCGACUUCUUCAUUCAAAUGACAACAAUCCAUAAGUGUCGACAAUCAGUGAUCGAAAAUAAGUGGCUUAUUAAUGAUUGUCGGAGGUUGUUGACAAUGUCGUGUUUGCACAUUUCGAAGCUCGCUUGCCCUCUUUCUCUCACUCCAUCUCUUGGGAAUAAAACAUCUCAUGAGGGGCGCACAGUUAUUGAAUGGCACAGCUGUCGCCUCCACAUCUCACACACACACACACACACACCACACACACACACACACACACACACACACACGCACACACACACUGAUGUUUACAACAUGUAGCGAGGAUCAGCCACCGCGGGUCAGAGGUCAACUCGCGCACAGCUGCGCAGCCGCGGGCAACAUGAAGACGAUGAUGAAAACGAAGAAGAAGCUGACGCCAGACGACGAAGACGAGAAUCCUCUUCAAACGGGAAGUGCACGUAACCGUCGUAACAAGACCGGCUGGCCCCCGGGGGGGGGGGGGGGGAGCAAGCCGGGA